GAGUCUGGCGGGCGACACAUUGUUUGCCGUGCAUUUUGACGCCUUGACGCGCGCUGAUAUACUUGUCAGGUGCCUCGCAACUAAGCAAGGUCACGGCUAAGUCCGCGGCCAAGAUAACACGUGAGCGAGCUCACUCGUGUGCGCAAAGACAGACAGUAUGACGGACCCCGAGGCCGUAACACAUGCACAAGUUGCUGUCGUGACCAAAGGCCCCAGCAUCAAGAUCAAGGAGCUCGACAAAUCGAAAGCAAAUGCUGACAUCCAGCAACUACUGAAAGAGCUGGACAAGGAUGGUGAUGGCACCAUCGACGCCAAUGAGCUGGUCAGCCAUCUGGAGGGUGUGGUCAGCCACAGGCGCGAGCGCCGCUGGAUGUGGUGGAUCAUUGCCAUGCUGACGUUGUUCAACCUAUUUACCAUUGGCGCGGUAGUGGGUCUGACCUACGCCACCAUGUACUCCCUCAAGGACUCGGAGGUGUCAGGCAGCACCAUGUAUGCCAAGGGCACCACCGAGGUUGUCCGGACCGGCAACGCAGACAUGACGGUGGUGAACGGCGUCAUGGUCAGCCGCACGACCACCGCGGCAGACGGCACCACCACCACAGCCGCCAUCAACUCCACGGUCGUCAACGGCACCCUCACUCCCGUUAACCCCGCCUCCGUCCUGCGCACCGCCAACUACAUGGGCGCGCCCCAGGCCUUCUCCAGCCGCGUCAACAUCCGCGACCUCAUGGAGCUCAAGUACCUCUACCUCAAGGGCGCGGGCGUGGCCGAGCUGGCGCUGCAGGUGCAGGGUGUGGCCCGUGUGCCCGCCGACAACUCCGUCCACGGCUCCAUCGUGCGCAUUGUGACCGUGGCCGGCACCAUCACCCUUGAUGAUACAGUGGUAGUGUUCAGCACCGAGAUGGCGGACAUCUUUACCGAGGCGGGAUUCAAGGUGGCUCGCAACCGCCGCAUGCUCAUCGGCGUGUACGAGGUGCUGGGCUUCUUCAACUUCAUCAAGGACCUCUCCAUCUUCAACCUGCCCUCCUCCGAGCCCGUGCCGCGCCUGCCCGCGUCCAACUUCCUUAUGAAGGUGAAAAUCUAUGAGCCCUGCGUGGUCGCCUCCGACCCCAACAACGACCGCUGCGUGCUCGUCACCGGUACCAUCAAUGGCAGCAGCAUCAGCACCUCCGGACACCACCGCCGUAUGGCCCUGGAUGCGCCGCUCAUGACUAUGCCCGAUGAGCCGCUGCUGCCCAUGGCAGACUCGUGGCCCGCGCUGGCCCCCGCCUCCGACGUGCCUUCCCGCCGCCGCCUGAGCACCGUGCCCCGGUCCCUGGCUGGCGUGGAGGACCUGGCUGGUGUUGAGGUGGUGAACGGCACCCGCUACAUGACCCACAACGAGACCGCCAUCGCCUACAACGGCCUGGUCCGCACCGCCUACCAGUUCGCGCUGUACCCCACCCACCAGCGCAUUGAGCUGGCCAAGGGCGACGGCAUGGUGUACAGGUGGCAGGAGCCCGUCUCCGCCUCCUCGGCCUCCAGCGGCCCUGCUGUUGCCUACUGUGGCAACUUCACCAUGCCCCCCGCCCUGGCCGGAGCCUUCAGCAAGGAGAACCUGGUCAAGUUCGAGUACCUCGGCAACGAGGCGUUUGGUGACAGGGCCGCCCGCCACUUCCGUAUGGAGAUGAAGCAGCCCCAGGAGCCGGGCAGCAACCAGACCCGCCCCAACCUCAUCAUUAACUACUGGGACGCGCCCAACAACCUGGUGCCUCUGGGCUUUGAGUUCUACUCGGCCGAUGCCGGCAUGGUCCUGAUCAAGGUCCUCGAGUUCCGCAACCUCACCGCCACCAGCCCGGAGGCCACCACUGCCUCGCUGUGGCAGGUACCAGCUGCCACCACCUGCGCCGACAGGGACAGGGACAUGCCCAUGCUCACCACGCCCUUCACCGCAGCCGCCUCGAUGAGCGAUGUGGGUGAGAUUGGCGCCGCGCUGCCCGCCGGGCCCUUGACCGGCACCGCCACUGCCAACCUCAACGCCACCGGUGGCCUCCGUCGUCGUGAGCUGUCGGCUGGCCAGAGCGUGCACGAGUCCGCUCGGUCCCUGACGGCUUACUGGAACAACGCAUGCAUCCCUCAACGGAUCUUCACCUUUAAUAAGGACAGCUUCGGAGGCAUUCCCUGCAGCGGUGGCAUCGGCUGGGAUCCUGCGGCCAUCGCCGCCCGCAUCCGCUGCUCUGGCUACUUGAGCAACUGGCCUAUGAUUCGCCUGGAUGGGGAUGUGGGCGCGAACACGUGCGACGAGAAGGCCUUCGGCUGCGUGACGGCUUACCUCGACAUCGGCCAGAUGGCUAAGUACGACGGGGGGCUGUGGAAGGCUGCCAGCUACGUCCUGAGCGAGGUCAAGCUGGGCACGAUCUGCCUGACCUAUGACAGCCAGUAUGCGAUGCUGUGGACUGAGGUGGACACCGGCACCCUGGGUUUCAUCUACCGCGGCUACGCUGUCUUCCAGUUGGCUGCGGACAAGCAGAUGGCCUUCAUUGGCCAGCUGCGCGGUGACUUCCAGGCGUGGGAGGGCGGCCGCUGGGUGACCAAGAACAGCCGCACCUUCCUGAGCAGCGUUCUCCUGGCGCGCUACGGCUAAAAGCUUGUAUGCCGACCCAACCCGACCAUCCCGCGUGGACGAGGGAAUGCCGACCCAAUCCGACCAUCCCGCGUGUGCGAGGGGAGGUCGUUGGGUGCCUCAGCGCGUGACACGCCCAUGCACGCGUCGCCCCCGAUCGAGUACCCGCCUGGAGUUUCCCUGGGCAGCAUGCGCCGACUCAUAUUCCGCGUUGCAAGACACGCCGCAUGCGUGUUGUGUGAGCAUACCGUACCGUAGUAUUGUACUGUUGUGUGAUAUGAUAUGGAGCCGUAAGCGAGUCAGCUGUGCGUUUUGGACUUUCUGCAUUUGUCCACCUUUGCGUGUGCGGCAUGUGACCGUGAGACGUGAUGGUGAGACGUAUCAAAUACGGGUGAAAUACCACUGGCGGUGGCGGCCGCCGGGUGCCCCGUCACCCCGUGCAUGUAUGGGGUUUGCACCCAAUGUGCCCUUCUGGCCUUUCUUACCUUUCCUAGCUAGUCGAGUUCAACUAUUAUGGCGCCCUGAAUGGCGUGGACACGAGCGUGAGAGCGGUUGGGUGUGCGAUGGGGCUGCAAUACCUGAUAGCGACAAUACAGCACCCCUCCUUUUUUGACACCAUAUUAUUGCUGCGGAGCCAAGUCCAAUAUCCACGGCUGCUGCAUGUAAACUGCGAACGCGCUGAGACCGAGGGGUUGGUAAGGGUGCCGGCGGCUGCGCAGUGGUUGCGAACGGAGCGUGCCGAACUGUACGUGCAGUGCUAGCGC